AUAGAGCCUUGGUAAAACAAGUCUGUGUACUGACCAUCGAAAUUUAAAUUAUAACGAUCUGAUGGCUACUGAUCUCUAUAAAUUCUCUUCCUUGUUAUUUUUCUAUGGCAUUGACACGCUAAAUAAGAGGAAGGUGCGGAGGGGAAGGAUUGCAUAAGUGACCAAAACAACUUUUACAAUUGCAAGAUCAUUGCUCGUAGCGUAGCAGAUUGGUGUAGAUUUGUACGAGAAUAUUAUCCUAGCUAGCACAAUUACGUUUUUUUUUAAUUUAUUUGAGUGCUUAAUUUUUAAAGAAUUGAGAGAUGCUAACGACUCUUUCUGCUUUUCAGUCUCAGUUAGCUGCCAUUAUGGAAACAUUAGCGAAAACAGCUGUAUUGGAGAUAAGUAAACUUGUCGACAUAGAAUGCAAAAUACUACGGUCCGAAGUAUCGCGCAGUCACCAUGAAAUUGACUCUUUGAGGAAACGAUUGUACAUGAUGGAGCAGAUGCUGUCGGCAAAUGGAAAGAACCAGGAGGCUGGAAAUAGUGAACACAUGGUGCUCAAAUCAGUACAGGGUCUUAAUUGCUCUGUUGAGUUCUGUCCCAGGACAGACGACCAAACAUGCAUUAAAAGUGAUUUGUUUUAAUUUAUCCAGAGAGAAUAACCUGGAAGAGUUGAACAGAGGUAAUUCUGCUUUGGGGGAAGCUUCUGGAUUUACUGGGCAAAACCAACCUGACCGAGAGAAACCAAGUGGCUUUCUGCAACAGCACUGUGGGGGAAAAGUCCCCAUCGAAAUCACGAUCAAACAGGAGCCAAACGGAAUGGAUUUGUUGGACGCUAAAAGUGGAGAUCCAACCACGAGGGAGGAAAUUACAGUAGCUUGUGUCAUUGGCUGUAGUAGUCCUGAAGAAAUAUCAUCUACGCUGCUUGUUGCUGACAACACUACUGACCAGGGAACCCAAGUUAUGAAGACCACUUCAGCUAAUCUGCUGGGCAAAACCACACUUGAAAACAGUGCACAUGCCCAGGAAAGGCCAUUUUCACAAGCCCAGUCAAGCUCGACGAUCGGAAAGACGCAUUGUGCCGCUUCACACAGUUUCCUUUCAUUAAAGCCCACAAAGACCUGCGCCACCUCCGGGCGGAGCGGGGAGAAACGCUUUGCCUGCCCGCACUGUGCCAAGCGCUUCAAGUGUUUCAGUCAACUUGAGAUCCAUGAGCGGAGUCACACGGGCGAGAAGCCCUUCAGGUGCACGCUUUGUGGCAAGAUGUACGCGCAGAAAGGGCACCUGUAUACCCAUCAGAGAACGCACACGGGAGAGAAGCCCUAUCGCUGUGUGCACUGCGGGAAAGGUUUCAUACAAAAGUGCACUCUAGAUAUGCAUCAGCGAACUCACACUGGAGAGAAACCCUUCGUCUGUGCCAAAUGUGGUAAAGGGUUUACAAAGAAAUGCAAUCUAAACAAGCACUUAGCUGUGCAUUCAGACCCUGCUGCAGGCCUCCGUGUAGAAUCAAGCCUGCAUGACCUUAGCCUCAGGUAGUCAAUGGACUGUGGAAGGAUGCAACUGCCACAAACCCUAGAUGUUAUGUUUAUUCUAUUUAAAAAAAAAAACAACCUUUUUUUUUUUUUUUUUAGUGAUUGUAAUGGCAUGGACACCUGUUAGUCUUUUCCGUUCAGUUUUAUUUGCGUAACUUUUUUAGAAUAUUGUCACAUAGCAGUGUGAUAGACGGUAAGGUCAACUAAUGAACAACCCAGCGGUGACGGGUGAAAGGAAGAACUCACUGAUUUGGCACAAAGGAGGAGAGAAAUGACAACUUGAGUGAGCAACCAGUCUGAUCACUGGGGGGGAAAUUCAGAAGGAAAGAUGGACAAGAUGAACUGGUGACCAAAAAGAGAUUGCAAACUGUUAACUGAGCUGAACAUAUACAGGAUGUUACCUAUGAGGACAUUAUAAGAUAAGUGUUGUUGUUGUUGUGGUGUUUUUUAAAGAUUUAUUUGUGGUUUAAAACAACAUCAAAAAGAGGAUCAGAGUUCAAGCAUGAGUUAACAUGUUUUAAUAAUUCUGGGCAGCAGGUCUAUGAAACAUGCAAUUACAGGAAACAAUCAUCAGGUUUAUGUAUUCAUGUACAUAAGUCUGCGUUUUAAAACAAAUAGAUAAUAUUCAACCUG